AAGCGCUGUGAAUACUUUCCGGAUGCACUGUAUAUUUGACAUGAAUGCUGAUGCGGAAGUGGUAGCCCUCGUGUAAAGCCCUCCUCGUGUGAAGACCUACUUGUGUAAAGACUAGCGAGUCUACCUGUGCGAGUCCACCGAACAAGGACAACGACAAGGCGCCACUCACCAUAGCACUUAAGUAUCUUUUAAUUGUACUCUUCCUCCUAUAUUUUCCUUCUACCUUCUAAUAUGUCUACUUCACGAAUAACAUGUGCCCUCAAGCGCAUCCCUGUUAUCUGUUACAACCAGUUUACACAAUAUAGACGCAAGACACAACGCAACCCCAACAACCUACGGCCACUUUGCACAUCAGCGCCUGCUCCGCUCUCUUUCUCAGUGGGACUCUGGAACUGCCAGUCCACUGUGAAUAAAGUUGACUUCAUUCUAGCCUUCGCCACACAGUCCACCCUCAGCAUCCUUGCACUGACAGAAACAUGUAUACAUCCAGAGGAUACAGCAACAUCCGCUGCUCUCUCCAACAACUUCUCCUUCUCCUUCUCUCCUUCCAACUCAAAUAUUCUUGUUACUCCUUUACAUGUCUCUGAUCACUACUUUGUUCAAUUCAACAUGACACUCCCGUCUAUAUUAAAACAUACUCCACCUUUGGUAUCCUUUCGCUGUAACCUCUUUCUCUUUUCUCUUUCACCCUCACACCUUGCCACUGCUGUCUCUACCUCUCUGCCCACACAAAACGUAUUUUCCACCCUGGAUGUAAACACUGCCACAGACACACUAAGCUCUACUUCAACAACCUGUCUAGACAGCAUCUGUCCUCUCUCCUCUAGGCCAGAACAUAUGACACCACCUAGCCCCUGGCUCUCUGACAUCCUUCGUGAAUAUCAGACUGACCUCAGGAUGGUUGAGAUGAGAUGGCGGAAAUCUAAAGAUCCAGCAGAUCUGGAACAAGCUGCUGGAUGACAAUCGGUCAGGCUUCAAAAGUGGACACUCCACCGAGACUGCCCUGCUGUCUGUCACUGAGUCGCUGAGAUAGGUGAGAGCUGGAUCCAGAUCAUCCGUCCUGAUUCUACUGGACCUUUCUGAAGCCUUUGACACAGUCAACCAUCAGAUCCUACUCUCGACCCUCUCUACUCUGGGCAUCACAGGAACUGUGCUUGACUGGUUUAAUUCCUAUAUCUCAGCCCAACGACACCACGGUGACUGCUCGAAUCUGCCUGUUUGGUAGACAUCUCGGCCUGGAUGAAGGAACACCACCUGCAACUUAACCCAGCCAAGACUGAGCUCCUUGUCUUUCCAGCCAACCCUGCUGUUGAUCACAACAUCACCAUGCAGCUGGGUUCAACUACAGUAAUGCCUUCCAAAACAGUCAGAAAUCUAGGGGUAACCAUCAAUAUCCAACUCAGUUUCACAGACCACAUCUCAAAGACAGCACGAUCAUGUAGAUUUACACUCUACAACAUCAGGAAAAUAAGACCCUUCCUCUCUGAACAUGCCACACAACUUCUUGUUCAGUCACUUGUCAUAACUAGACUGGACUACUGUAUCGCUCUCAUUGCAGGCCUCCCUGCAUGCGCAAUUAGACCCCUGCAAAUGAUCCAGAAUGCAGCAGCACGUCUGGUCUUUAAUGAACCAAAGGGAGUGCAUGUUAAACCACUCCUUGUCUCCAGCAUACAUAAAAUAAUUUCUGCAUACAUAAAAUCAUUUUUACGUCCCCACCAGAAGCCUGCGGUCGGCUAAGGAACAGCGCCUUGUUGUACCAACACAAAGAGGCACCAAAAAACGUUCCCGAACUUUUGGUUUCAUCGUACCACAUUGGUGGAAUGACCUUCCCAACUCCAUCUGAGAAGCUGACUCACUUUCUGUCUUUAAAAAAUGGCUAAAAACACAUCUUUUCCAUGAGCACUUAACCAGUCACUAAAAAAAUAAAAUUCUUGUUGCACUUUAAUCUGUCUUGAAUACUACUAUUCUGAUGUUAGUGAAACUUUGUAAUACAGCACGUUUCAUACCACUGUCUCCAUAAGAUAAUUCGCUUGUAAUGUAUUCCUCUUUUGUAAGUCGCUUUGGAUAAAAGCGUCUGCCAAAUGAAUAAAUUUAAAUGUACAUGUAAAUUUCAUCAUAAUUUCUAUAUUAUAAAUGGCUAAAUUUAAUAUUGCAUUUUUAAUUUAUGUAUCUGUGUUUUUUAUUAAUUGGUGCUUUUCUGAUGAUCAGAUUGUUUAUUAUUUUAUCCAUUUAUCCACAUGUAUAUAAUUGAUUUCUCAGUUGAUUUAUUGAUUUAUCAGUUAAUAUAUUGAUUUAUCAAAUGAUGUUUAUAAUUGAUUGCUCAAUUGAUUUAUCGAUUUAUCAAUUGAUUAAUUUAUAGUGUAAAUGUGGCAGAAGUUCAGUAUACAAUUUAUAUAUGGUUUAUCCUAUAGUUAACAAUACCCCAUGGAUUAUUGAUCUAGCAGAAAUACUCUAAGGCUUAACUUACAGUGAAGUAAGUUUCUCAAAAUAUAGUAGCCUAUAUUCUGCAAUGGUAAGCAAUUCUUAGCAUUUUUGUUUUGUUUACUUUUUUUGCAAUCUCAAACAAUUGAGGUUCAAUAUAAUUAACAUUUAAUUUACCUCAAACUAUGACAGGUGACA